AUUAUAGACAUAUUAAAAUUUUAAUUGCAAGAUUUUCAAUAUUGUGCAAGAUAAAAUAGAGAUAUCAUUAUUAUACUUUCGACGAAAUAACUUUGCAUCGUUAUCGCAUCCUCAGAGAUAAUGAUACUGCAGUUACUAGCACAGAUAGAAGAUACUUCAGUUUUGAACAAAUGUUCUUCAGUCGCAGUUUUUUUUGAAAAAUCUAGAAUUGAUCUGUAUUAUAAUUUUGUCCUUCAUGAUAAUAAUUAAUUUCACAUAUCAAUUUUGCAUAUGUAAAAAAAAGUAAGAAUGCAGAAAUAAAAAUUAAACCUUUACGAUAUCGUAAAGUCGUAAAUGAUAAGUUAUUUAAACGAACCACAUAUUUGACAUUUGUAUUUUUAUCAAACUUUACAAAUAUUUAGUGAAUCGAAAAUGUGAUAUCAAAUAACUUAUUGUUGUUUAUCGAGAUAAGAUAAUGUGUUUUAUAUAACGAAAUUGCUAUUUGAUAUAUCUAUUUAGUCAUCUCAAGCUUUAGAAAAUCGUCCCACCAAUAUAAUUACGUAAUAGCAUUCGAAGCGGUUUAAUUUCGAUACAACGCAUCAGUAUUUAGAUAAAGCUAAAGAUUUAGCAAGAAAUGUGUUGAUGAGAAAAGUGUCCAUCUAAUGAAAAUUGUGACAUUUACAACUUAAAGCAGUACAAGCAGUACGAGCAGAAUCUCUGUAUAUUUAUGUGAGACUGCACUUUCUGCUCUUUGUAUCUUUCCUCCUUACGCCGUCGAAGAAUAAAAAUGCGUAUCUUUCACGCGUGUAGAAAGUGCGAGAGGUGCAGCUGGGAUGCAUAUAGAUAGAGUCGCGUGUAUUUUGAUCACGCACACAUAUGUAGACUCCUCCAACAUAACAGCUGUAUUACUUCCAGCAUGCGUAUCGUCGAGCGAUUAAGAGACUCGAAAAUUUGUCAGGGACGAACUUCUGGCGCUGAAUGCGCAGGCAGUAACACGGUAAAUUUAUCUAAUGACGAACAGCUCUUCUGGCUGAAGGCUGGUAUUUGAGUGACGAUCGCAAAAGUGUUGUUAUGACAAGCGAACAAGUGUUUAUAAAAUUUUCCGUGAAAAGCAUCGAAUUACGCGUAAAAUGCGUGCGUCGAUGUUGUGACAACAAACAGCUGAUCGCACCAUCGUGCGGCGCCAUUUUGGAAGUGUGUGAAGUUAGUAGAAAACGAUAGUUUCUUUUGAAGUUCGAUAUAUCGCAUAUAAAUGGUGACGAUUCAAAUUCGAAUGCACACACACACAUGCAAUAUUAUAUGAAAUAUAUAAUUUUCACGGAAAUGCCAAAUGUUUUUAUGACAUUUUGCUACUGUGUGUAAUAUAUUUGUGGAAAAUUUUAUACACGUAAUGUUUUUAAUAUUUUUGCAGAUAACAUUAUUUUGAAGCAAUUCUAUUUUCAUAUUUGACAUUGCUCGAUUAUGAUGUGAGAUUGUAAAUAUGAUAGCACCGAUUUAAUAUCUCUAUCUAUAUAAAAGUAUUAAAUACAAUAUAAAAUUUUUGAGCACAGUCUAUUUUUUUAUCCAAAUAUCAUGAAAAUCAAUUACAUGCAACUGCCUGUAAAGGCGCAUUAUUUCUUUUUUAUGGCAGCUAUGGGUCCUAUUUUACCGUUUCUACCAGUUUAUGGCAAACAACUGGGCAUCUCGCCAUUAAUUAUGGGUAGCAUAACUGCGAUUUUGCCUAUUCUAUUUUUGAUAGCAAAACCAGCAUUCGGCUUUGUCGUAGAUUAUUUUCGUGCCUGGAGAAAAUUGAUAUUUAUAACAUUGCUUGCUGUAACAAGUGGCUGUUAUAUUUUGAUGUAUUUUUUACCAGUAUUGCCGGGUCCAAUACUACCAGAUCAUCAGUUUCAAAACAUCUCGUGCUCAUCUUUGCCAUCUUGCGACAUGGACUAUCAUACCUCAGCAAUAAUAUCGUGUAGCGGUAUAAAAGAUACUACGUGUCAUUGGAUAUGCAAGGAUAUGAAUUUUUCCACGCGAGUAUCAUUUCACGCAAUUAGAGGAGAAGCAUUCAUCUCAUCAGAUACUACAUGUCUAUUAAAUAUUAAUGAAACGUCAUCGUGUCAAGAAAAUAUAACAAAUAACUGCAAUGUCACUUGUGAUAAUUUCGAUGAUACUCAUUGUUUAUAUACCUCCAUUACUUUCUGGGGAUUUGUUCUCUUAAUGUCUCUUGGCAACAUCGGUUUUAAUGUUUCCAAUUGCAUAAGUGAUGCAAUUUGCUUUGACAUUUUAGGUGAAGGUGGACAAAUGGGGUACGGCAGGCAACGGGUAUGGGGUACAAUCGGUUUUGGUGUCGCAGCAUUUCUAGCCGGCUACACAGUAGAUUUGUGGUCGCAAGGAGGAAUCUAUAAGACUUAUACACCAGCAUUCCUUCUCGUGCUUGCAUUCACUUCUAUCGAUUUAAUUUGUUGCAGAAAAUUGGAGUUGCCACUCAUGUCAGAUUCGAAUAGUAUAUUCAAGGAUGUAUGUGCGCUUUUGAAAUUGAAACCUAUCGUUAUAUUUCUGUGUUUUGCUACUCUCGCUGGCAUUCUUGAUAGUUUCAUAAUUUACUUUUUGUUUUGGUAUUUGGAAGAUCUUGCUAUGGCAACCGGUUAUAUGGGUGAAAUUAAGUUAAUAGAAGGUAUAAUAGUAGCCGCAGAAACUCUCGGUGGCGAGAUAAUAUUCUUCUCAUUGUCUGGUAAAAUAUUGAAGAAAUUCGGAUAUGGUUACACUUUUACAUUUUGCUUUGUAUGCUACUCGUUACGUCUAGCACUAAUAUCUCUCGCACCAACGCCAUGGUGGGUAGUCCCGGUAGAAUUUUUCAUGCAAGGACCAACAUACGCGCUUUGCUACACGACAAUAGUAGCAUACGCGAGCGCGGUAUCUCCACCCGGCACAUCAGCCACCGUUCAAGGAAUUGUGGCAGGAAUGGACGAUGGUUUCGGAUUCGCGGUUGGUAGUUUAAUAGGAGGUAUCUUGUACAAGAAAGUCGGUGGUGCAAUCACUUUAAGAAUAUUUUCAAUACUUGCAGCAUUUUCUGCCUUAAUGUACCUCAUUCUUCACAAUCUGUACUUAAAACAUAAAACACCAGAUACACGAAAUAAUGUUGAAUGGAGAAAACCUGAUGAUGCACAGAAGCAUUGUGUUGUCGCAGAAACAUAACGAUUUAUAUUAUUUUUCUUAUAAAUAAUAUAAUAAUAUAAAAAAAUAAGAAAAAACAUUUUAUUUUCUAUAUAUAAA